UAAACGUGAAGCAUGUGCAUCUUCAUCCGAGGAGAGUUAGAUAGAUUCUAGUCUUAACACUGCUGACCUCUGUUUCAGGCGCACUGUUUAUAUAAACACUGCGUGCGCUCUGUGGGUUAGAGAGCAAAAAAUAAUUCUCAACAUCCAAAAAAUGAAAAAUUGCUUCGCUACAGUUGAAUAAAAUAAUUGUGUUACUGAUUCACUUAAAACUCAUACAAAAUAUGAAAACUGUAUAAAAAAGUUUAUUCAUAUUUCUGCUGACUUAGCAGAUUAUAUUAUUGUUGUAUGCAGCUGAAAGUGCGGAGAUGAAGUGGAUAAACAUUUUUUGGAAAUGGUUUUUACAGUUAAGCAUCUGUUUUAAAGUCAUUUGUGCGGGUGUUCCUGGGAUAAAAUUAAAGACACAUGCCAUCUUCAAUAAAGAAACUGAGUACCCCGAGAUGCACGCAGUAAUCGGCACCACGGUUUCUCUGCCCUGCAACUUGAGCCCUCCUUCGCCUGACGACUCCUUCUCCCUGGUGCUUUGGUACAGGCUCGACCUCCCCAACCCCAUCUACACCCUGGACGCCAGGAGCGCCACGGCCCCCGGCGAUGCCACGCACUUCGCCAACAAGGUGCUAGGAGGUCGAGCACGCUUCAACAUCAGCACUCAGCGACCUAGUGCUGCAUCCCUGACCUUGGAAAACGUGCAAGAGGACGAUGCCGGCGAAUACAGAUGCAGGGUGGACUUUAAAAGAGGCAGAACUCUCAGCUGGCUCGUCAAGCUCAAUGUUAUCGUGCCUACUAACAGUCUGGUGAUAAAAGAUAAGGAUAAUAAAACCUUAUCUGGUACCAUAGGUCCUUAUAAGGAAGGUUCCUCACUCUCUCUGGUUUGCGAAUCACAAGGAGGUCGGCCCCUGCCAGCGGUGUCGUGGAGGCGAGUGCGGGCGGAGAUUCCAGAUCAAUUCUCCGAGUCGGACCCGGAGAGGGGCGUCGUCCGAACAGAGAUGGUCAUCGAUACACUCAAGAGGGAGGACUUGCUCACAGAAAUCACCUGCCAGGCCUCAAACACCAACCUCACUGCACCCGUCACGGCUUCUGUCAAGCUUGAUAUUAGUUUGAAUCCAACCGAAGUUCAUAUAACCACCCCUAAUAGACCAUGUUCUGCUGGUGAAAGGAUUGAAGUUGUGUGCGUGAGCAAAGGAUCCAGACCCCCAGCCAAGAUCUCAUGGUGGAAGGACGGAAAGGACUUGAAGCGUUAUGCAACAGAAGAAAUCCUCGAUGAUGUCACUACGAGCAAGCUGUUUUUUACUCCUUCUAGUGACGAUAAUGAGAAAACUUUGACCUGUAGGGCUGAGAAUCCUGUCAACGCUGAUAGUGCCUUGGAAGACCAGUGGGUGCUUAACGUAUAUUAUGCCCCAAUCGUCUCUAUCAGUUUCACUGCCAGCCAACAGAACGAAUUAAUUCGAGAAGGGAGCGACGUACAUUUGGAAUGCAACAUCCAGGCCAAUCCUCCUGCAGCUGAUAUACGAUGGAGAUUCCAUUCGAAAGCUAUACCACACGAUCCUUCAAAAGGAAUAAUGUUGAGAAACAAUACCCUCAUCAUACAGAAUGUGCAAAAGGUUCACAGAGGGCGCUACAGGUGUUUGGCUUCCAAUCUCGAGGGCGAGAGCAUCAGCGAUGAAGUACUUCUCAGAGUUCAGUUCGCUCCUGUUUGUGCUUCGAAUCAAAAGACCACGUAUGGCAUUGCGAGACACGAAGAAGCGAACGUCAGCUGUGCGGUGGAAGCAGACCCACCCGAAGUGGCAUUCCGGUGGUCUUUCAACAACACCGUUUCAGAGACAAUCGACAUCCUGUCCUAUAGCAGCGAUGGCGCUUCAAGGAGUGUGGCCAGAUAUAUCCCAAGGACGAGACUGGACUACGGAGCUCUCUACUGCUUUGCUAAGAAUGCUGUGGGGAUCAUGAAGGAACCGUGUGUCUUCACAAUCAUUCCAACAGGUCCCCCAGAGCCCGUCCAGAAUUGCUCAGUCACUAACACCACUCUAACAACUCUGACCUUGGCUUGUGACCCGGGCGAUGAUGGCGGAUUGCCCCAGACCUUCCACCUGGAGGUGUACAGCAUGUUGGCGGAGCAAUUAAUCAUGAACCUGUCGACUAUGGACGGCCCGCUGUUCAUUGCGGAUAAGCUCAGUGCCAGUUCAUCCUAUCUUUUAGUCUCAUAUGCAUCGAAUGCUAAAGGAAGAAGCAUGUCGGUAGCCCUUACUGCUCACACUCAACUGGCAAAAGAACAACGAACAAACGACGGCCAACCUGUGACAAUUAGCACUGUGCUUGUAGUAUUAAUGGGCACAGUCGGAGCUUUGGUGCUUCUAGCGAUCAUCAUUAUUUUUAUAAUGAAAGCCAGAGGAGAUAAACGAGGUAAAAAUGAAGACAAAGCUUCAGAGGAAAAGACUCCAUCGUGUUCAGAGACAGUGUUUGAAGGGAAACAAACAGAUUUAUUCUCAAAGAAUUACCAAACUGAAUAUGUGGAUUUGACUCCGAAUACCAGAACUGAGCGGAUAUAUGAAAGUCUAGGAGACUGCAAGGAAUACACAUACGAAAAUGUCAUUCACAAAUCGCAUUUUCCUCCUACUCAGACCGUACACAGUCACCAUCCCAUUCCGUCUAUUGUGACCAGAUGACAAGAAGACAUAUGCUGAAAUGCAUGAUAUAUAAUCUCAUCUCGAAUAUAUAUGACUCAAUGUAUAUGGACGUGUUUUAUUUCUUUGUGUUACUCUACAUUUUACAGUAUCUAGAUGAAACUACGAGGAAGGAUUCCUCGGAAUUUUGUUUCAAAGACAUGUCCGUUCCGACAUAACAAUUGACAUUCGAGGAUAAACUGGAUGUUGUGCUUGAUGUUAAAUUUCUCUUUGUGUUUUGUGACAUUUAAAAACAUUACUUCUUCCGGAAGAAUAUAUUCGUUUCUAGAAGAAGAAAAAAAAUGAUAAAAUGAUGUUAACUGUGAAAUCUUGUUGCAGUUUUAUGAAAAUAGACUCUUGUAUUUCUCUUUUGUAACGAAUGAUGUCUGCACCUGAUUUGUAAAGUUGUUAUUGGUGCUAAGACUGCGUCUUUGAAGGUUCUGUCAUCAAAUUACGAGCGUCAGAACCUCACUUUGGAAAACAUUUUGCAUUCAAAGUGAAAGAACCAGAAUAUAGAACAGCUUGAAUUCAUUUUGUGCAUGAGCAUACUAACCGUGUAAA